AGGCUGGAGAGCAGUGGCUGUUUGCUGGGGGCUCAGCUCUGAAGUCAGCACCACUGCCAGCAUCAGCGCAGAAGUAAGGAUAGUGGUACCUACAAUAACCUUGCGACCCCCCUGCAACUCCUUUUUGGGUCGGGACCCCUAUAAUUACAACAUUGUGAAAUUUCAGAUUGAAAUAGCUGAAAUCAUGAAACUAAAAAAUUUUAAACUCCUAUGGCCGUGAAAUUGACCCAAAAGGACUGUGGAUUUGGUAGGGCUCUACUCAAAAUGUUGCAGAGUAACUAGUCCCGACAUCAAGCAUUUAAAAGUGAACUCUUUCAAAACUCGGAAAAAAGAGAGAUGGGAAACACUGAGCUGUAGCUCACCAAAGCUUAUGCUCAAAUAAAUUGGUUAGUCUCUAAGGUGCCACAAGUCCUCCUGUUCUUUUUGCGAAUACAGACUAACACGGCUGUUACUCUGAAACCUAAAAACUUCCAGUAUGUUGCCUUAACGAGGUGUCUGAUACAAACGACUGAUGAUAUCUCAAAAUCCAUGUAUCCAAAUCUUAAAGACCGUGACAGCUUUCAUAAUCCCACUUUUUAGCAACUAAAUCAUCUCAGCCAGUUUCAGUAACCCUAAAAUACCACACACAGUGCUUCAAUAACUGCACCUCCCCAGCAGGGCUUCCUACAGGACACUCACACAACCCAGCUCUCUCUCACACACACCCACCCCCCCUCCUUGGAGUGACUGACUGGUUUAUUUACGCACAGGGAAAAGCUCCGAGGGGAGACCUCCACACGUUCAAUGGGCGGCCACAGAUGCUCCUCCCAUCCCCAGCCAUGGGGAUCCCGCACAUGCUCCCCCGACCCCCGGAGAUGCUUCCCGAGCAGCCCUAGGCGGAGGGGGAAGGAGACGCUUCCCAGUGCGCGCAGGGAGGAAAGGGCGUCUGGGUGGGACUCACUCACCCAGGGUUUUCACCGCGAUCUGCCUGGUACUACUGCCCUCUUAGUCUCUGUAGAAACAGGGGAGGAGGGUCCAGCAGAGCUAUCCAGCUAUGAAAGAUGGAAGUGCCAUCCCUGCACCAGCAUUCCCCUAUCCCAGGAGUCCCAGGAGACGCUCUGUGAAGACUGGGAUCUUCCUUGUGUAGGAGGGCAGUGGUGCUGGAGGGGAGGGAAAUCACUGGGUGUGGCAUUAGACCCGCAUCAGCUCCACAUGGCCCUCCCAGAUUCCUGGAGUUGUGCCAGGGACAUUUUUGCAACUCACCACUAUAUGAAAAUUAAAUUAAGAUUAAGAAGCAAGCAUUCCCUUUAUCAGCUGCUGCAUGGAGAUUCUGUUUUUUCUGCCCUCAUUGAGGGGGCAAAGACUUCUUUACUGAAAAAAAGAACAGAAGCCUGGAGGAUCACUACAAGUUAAACAGUCUUGCUUGCUAUGUACUCUGCAUCUUUGAACUAAGCACCAUCAGACUAAACUGAGACUGAUACAUUUGAGCUUAAAACAAUUGAAACAUGAUCCAGGUCCAUUUGUCAAAUAACCACAGCAGCAUUACCUUACCGUAGAAUAUCAAGGUUGUACUGGGUCCUCAGUCAGAUGCUCAAAACUAUUUAUAGAUUAUGUUCCUGGGAUGAGUAAUUUGGAAAUUUUUCUUUGUCUUACUGUCCUUGUCUGUGUAUAAUAAUAAACCCAAGAAUGUAGCUAAAUCACAGGAAUAGACUGGAAAUGGAGCAUGAAUUAUGAUUUAUUAAUUAUAUAUUUUAUAUUACUUCAACCCCCCCAACAUGGACUAGGAACUUUACAAAGAUGCAGAUAAGGUCCCUGUUGUGAAGAGCUUACAAUCUAAACAGAUAACAUGUAGUUGUAGAUGAAGGGUGAAGGAUAGGAUGAAAGUGACUGAGCGGUGAAGUUAGUACUUCCUGCUCAUUCCAUGCUUUUUAUAGAGACGUUUCUUGUUUGCUAGUUGUUUUAUUUCAUUACUUCCUAUUUUGUUAACAUGUCUUUGUCAACAAGCUCACCCUUACGAUAUGUCUCCACUGCAGUUAG